AUGAUCACCGUAACCCUUCCAAAAGGCCCCCACCACUCAUAUGUGCAUCUCUCCCGAGAAGCUCGCAAUCGAAGCACCCUGACUUCGGGCAGCCCGCAAGUACAUCAUUGGAUGCUUCCACGCUUUCGCUGGACCGGGCGGCUUCUCAGUUUAAAUGCGCAUCGAUAUGCACGAUUAUAUAUACAUACACUCGUGGACGAUAACAGGUCCGUGAUUGGGAUCAUCUUGAGAUCGCACCACGACCACGUUUUUAUUUCCUUCGGUCGUUCUCCGGACAGUCUCAAAAAGACAAGUCCACCUCUUGCUAUCUGUUGGCUCGCCUACGUCUUUGACAAAAACAAAUCCCCCCAUGGCGAGCAUGAAGCAAAAACUGUUCAGGAACAAAUAAAUUACCCUAUGCGCAACGCUGACGGGACAAUAGCCCUGAACAAUAGGCUGUUACGAUCGACGGUCUCCCCAAAGCACUUGAAAAUGGGCAACACCAAGAUGGAUCACGUCAUCGUCAACAGCCUGAUCCUCUCAGAACAGCGCAGAUGUUGCCUCUGA